AUUUUCUGUGUGUUGAAUGAAAAAUGUUGAAGUUGUCAGCCCUAUUUUAUAAUUUGGGGAAUUACAGACGCACAAAAAAUUUUGAAAGAUUAGCAAAUGGUAGAUUUUUAUCAAAGAGUAAGUUUCCCUUGACAGAGGAUAGUUUUCAUCGAUCAAAUAUGCAGGGUGAUGAACUGGAGGAAUUUCCUGAAAAUGAUGAGCCUAAUCGACCGCCCUAUAGAUGCGGUGGUUUCAACGCGAAAUUUAUGCAGGCCGUAAAAACUAAGGAAUACUUCAACAGAGCAAGGACUUCUUUGGAUUCAGUUUGGAGUCUCUUUGAGGAACAUAAGGAUGAGCACCCGCAGAUUCCUAUCCUUUUGGAAACAUACAAGAAUAUCCGUGAAGAAUACCAUGAAAAUCUUUGUUAUGCUAAGAAUUACCCACUUAUUGUGUUUGAAGGUUUAGAUGGAUCAGGAAAGUCCACUGUAGGCAAACUUUUCGCGAAAAAAAUUGGUACUGAAGUGAUGCCAACACCUCCAAAGGCACUGUCUGCUUUUCGAGCAGAAUUUGAUGGUGACCACUGUUGGCAUGCUCCGUUUUAUUAUUUUGGAAAUUAUGUAGCGGCCAUGGAAGUUGCAAAUAUUCUCAAAUCUAAACCAGUGGUAAUGGAUAGGUUCUGGCAUUCAACAACAUCAUUUGCUUUGGCACAAAUGAAAGAGGAUUUUUAUAAAGUAAUGAAAAGCACUGAAUUACCUGAAAGAGGUAAUGAUAUUUAUGAAUGGCCCAAAGACCUACUGAAACCUGAUAUUGUCAUAUUCCUUGACGUUUCUGAGGAAGUGAGGAAGAAUAGAUUGUCAAGAAGAUUCACAAAAACUGAUCAAGAGAAUCUUUUAGAGUCUAAACAAGAAUUCAGGAAGAAUGUUUUGCUGGCUUAUGAAAAUAUGGCAAAUCCUGGUAUUUGCAAGAUUGACGGAAAUUCCAGCUUAGAAACUGUUCUCCAGGAAAUAGAUAAUAAAGUUAAGAAUUUAUUUUGAUUUCAAAUGCAUUUGAUUAAUACAGUUUGUAUUUAGUUUGUACAGAAACUUAUUUCGACUUUGUUAUGUUGUGAAUUUUUUCAAUCAGCCAAAUAUACAUAUUUGUGGUGGAAUUUUUUAUUGAUUUAGUGAAUUCAUAUAGUAUUUAAAUGCCGACUUAUUACUUAUUGAAUAUAACUGUUUAUUGAAUAAAUGUAAAUGGAUACAUGUCAA